UCAUGUGCAGCCAUAAUACUUCUUUCAAGGCUGCAGCAACCAAUUUCUGCUUAUUCAGCUGUUUUUAAUGACGUGAGAGAAAAGCAGAAAUUGUUGUUUUCCUGACCAUUUGGCAAUCCUGCACCAAAGUCCAGUUUUCGAUUUAAGUAACUACUGCCAGAAUUUCACAGACCUUUUGCAUCUAUUGUCUCAUUGGGGAAAUUCUGAGAAAUCCUCUCUUAUCCAGAAGAAUUCAAAAACACCACAAGACAACAUCAAGAAAAAGGAACUGCUAGAGGAAAUGAAUUGCCAACCCACAAAAGCAGACACAUCUCUGUAGUGUUAAUCUCUGGAAUAUUGAGGCAGCUGAACAUUUCUGUGGUUCAAAGGUUCUGUGGUGUAGAGGAACUGUACAUUGCAUGACGCACAAUGAAGCGAUCACUGAUCUAUAUCAUCUCAUUUCUCCUAUGGACAUUCUGUUCUACCCAAAAUGAUCAUGGACAACAGUGUAGUCGUGCACCUCCUCUUGAAAAUGGAGACAUUCUGGAGACACCCUUGAAAAGUUAUAUAUCAGGUGCGACCGUGACAUACAAAUGCCAAAACCUUUACAUAAUGAGAGGACCUACAGAAGUCCGUUGUGACAAUGGAAUUUGGACAGAAACACCAGUGUGCCUAGAGCCUUGUACAGCAGCUGAAGCAGAUAUGAAGCUUAACAAGAUCAAGUUGAAGUGGGCCGAUAGCAAAAAAUUAUAUGUACGUUCUGGAGAAGUGGUGGAGUUCACCUGUGUGUUUGGCUUCCAACCAGAUGCAACUUCCCUUCCUUUCAGACAACAGUGCAUUGAAGGCAGGCUGGAAUAUCCAAAAUGUAUAGCGAACUCUAUUCAUGACUGUCCAGUAACUGAAGAAGAUCUGGAUCCUAACAAUAUCAAGUUCAAAUGGACCAGUAGCCAAACAUUAAAUUUAAGAUCUGGACAAGAGGUGGAAUUUGCCUGUAAAUCCGGCUAUGAGUCAGAUCCAUCCUCCCCUCCAUUCAGACAACGUUGUGUCGAAGGCAAGCUGGAUUAUCCAAGAUGUUUACAGGCACAUCGUAAUUAAACAGGGGAGAAGACUUAUUUUAGAGACAUGUUUAGUCAGGAAUUUGGUCACCAGACAUCUUUAAUUGUUUAUUUUUAACCUCACCAAAUCAAGCUGCUUUUGCAAAUAUACUUUCUAUGGAUUGCUGGCAGCUGUUAAUCCAACCAAGAAGACCUUCAGAACAUGGGGUGCUUUGAAAAGAUGCUGACAUGAAAUGAGCCAAUGUGAAUUAUGUAAUUUGUGUGAUGCCAGUUUGGAGGGAUAACAGUUUCCCUUCCCACAGGAAAGGUUCUGGUGUUCAUCUCAGGGCCCAAUUUCAAAAUAAUAAAAAGGUUUGGUUCCAUCUCUCAGUAGUUAGAAGUUUACUUGGGCUUUGUUGACUUCACAUUUUCUCUCCUUUUAGUUCUGAUGAGACUCGGUCUGGAUAGAUUAUUGCUUUGCCUUUCCUUCCUUCCUUCCAUUCUGUCAUUCUUCUAUUUCUCUCAGAACAAAGAAGGAAGCUUGGACCUGCGGGCCCAUUAUACUUAAUUGGAAGCAAUAACUUUUUCUGGAACUUAAUCCUAAAAUGCAAUACUAUUAAAAUAGCUAGGAAAAUUGGGAUGGCUUUAAAUUAAAAAGGCUGGAGGACGUAUUAGGAGGACGACAUGGAGCCUAGUAAUAUAUCUAUGAAAUGUCUUUGUUAGCAGUUGCUUUAUCAAUUAUGCAUAUUCAAAUUGUUCUUUGAUUCACAUUGCUCUGCCUUGAUUAUUCUCUGAUGCACAUUGCAUUGUACUGAUGGAGGUUUCUUUAUGUUCAUGUUCUCAUUGGAGUUCAUGCUAUCAUUUUGGUAUUCUCUAUUGUAUAGCAAUAAAUCAUUUCAUUCA